AUGUCUGUUCUGAAAACUGAUAACUGGUCUGGUUGUCACAACCCGAACUCUCAAGAUUUCAUCGGUUAUUUGGUUGUCUCAUAUCCUAUUGAAGAUGCAAAUAGGAAGGAUGGAUCUAAAACAAAACGAAUGACCAUUACCUUGAAGGAUCUCGAAGAUCAGAAGAUUAGUGUAACGUUGUGGAAAAAUUAUGCAAUCACUUUGUCAAACUACAUGAAUGACAAAAAUCGACCUGCUCAUGUGGUUAUACUUGUCCAUUUUGGAACAGUUAACAUAUAUCAAGGUAAAGUUGGCCUGACUAACAUGUUUGAAGCAAGUCGUGUCUUCAUAAAUUCUGAUAUUCAUGAGAUCAAAGAAUUCAAAGACAGAUAUCUUGAGAAGGAGUUUUCUAAAUCAUCUUCAAGUAAACAAUCAUGCUCACAAGUGAUCUCGAAUACAGAAGAUGAGUUUCUAAAUGCUGAAGAUUUUGUUUUGACCGGUUUUAUUGCUUCUAUUGACGUGGCAUGUAUAUCAAACAUAUAUAUGCUUAACGUAUCUUAUAUGUCAUUUUCACAUACUUAUCUGUAA